AUGACAAAGAAGGGCAGAGUUCCUGAUGCUUAUUCUGGUGGAUUUCAUUCCACCAUUGAAUCAACCGGAGCAGGUAGUUCUGGGUUGACAGGGCAGGGUAGCAUGAACAUAUCCGAUCACCGGGAUUCAAGUACCACCAGCAAGAAAUGGAUGAAGCUGCGCUAUGCAUUACCGGUGCAAGUUGUCCCUUUAUACAAGAUUUCAUUUGCUGAGAAGAAGAAAUGGUUACUUCAGUUGACAAUGGAGCUUGACAAGGUUAGGGCACUUGAUAAGAGACUUGACCUUCAUAGUGCUGAUGCUGUUACAAUUUCAUCUUCAAGAAUGCAACCUCAAGGUGCAAAGAACAAGGGGACUUUCAGUCCGGUUCUUAGGAAACAGUGUGAGAACUUGUUGAAGAAGCUGAUGUUGCAUCGACAUGGUUGGGUGUUCAAUAAACCUGUUGAUAUUAUUGAAUUCAACAUUCCAGAUUACUAA